AGUACCGUUCUCAGUCGCUAGGGUGUUGGAGAGAAUGUUAGUGCAGGGGAUGGACUUGAUGGAGAGGAGGGCCAUCACACCUAUUUCAACAAUCAGUUCCUCAGAGCACUGACGGCACAGAGAGUCGGGAAACCACGUUCUUGUAACUCGCGGCUUCCUCGUGGCGACUCUGAGUGCGUCCGUCUUCAGAUCACACACCGGAACGAGAGAGAAGAAUAGCCCGGCGGCAAAAGGAGAGAAUCAGCAGACACGGAAGCUUUGGGUUUCCCGAGUGAGAAAGUAAAAAAGGAUAAACUCAUUCAAAGAUGUCUGGGUUAAAGAAAAGAAAUUCAAAUUACUCCGCGGACCGGGAGGAGGACAAGCAGGUUAUGGAAAGGAUGCUCCCCGCAAGCAGCGGCGGGGAAAAGGGCUGCGACCAGGGUGGAGCAUCAGGAAGCGACGGAAAGAGCCCAGAAAACGCCACCGGAGAGGAAGGGGUCACCCUAAAGCGGACCAUCACAUUGGUGAACGGUGUCGCCAUCAUCGUGGGUACCAUCAUAGGCUCUGGCAUCUUCGUAACACCGACCGGCGUGGUGAAGGAGGCCGGCUCGGUAGGGCUGUCUCUGGUUGUGUGGGCAGUGUGCGGGGUCUUCUCCACCGUGGGAGCCCUCUGCUAUGCGGAGCUGGGGACCACCAUCACCAAGUCCGGCGGGGACUAUGCCUACAUCCUGGAGGUGUACGGCUCCCUGCUGGCCUUCCUCAAACUCUGGAUCGAGCUGCUCAUCAUUCGCCCGUCCUCGCAGUACAUCGUCGCUUACGUUUUUGCUACCAACCUCCUCAAGCCCCUGUUCCCCGAAUGCCUGGUGCCGGACACCGGGGCCAAGCUGUUGGCCUGCCUCUGCAUCCUCUUGUUGACCUUUGUGAACUGCUACAGUGUCAAAGCAGCCACCAGGGUGCAGGACUUCUUUGCUGCAGCCAAGCUUCUAGCACUCGGCCUCAUCAUCAUAAUUGGCUUCGUCAAGAUUGGCCAAGGUGAAACAGAUGGUCUUCUUCCAGAGAAUUCUUUCAAGGGGUCCAAAUAUGAGUUUGGCAGCAUUGGCCUGGCACUGUACAGUGGUCUAUUCGCCUACGGUGGCUGGAACUACUUGAAUUUUGUUACUGAGGAGAUGAUUGAGCCUUACAAAAACCUUCCUCGUGCCAUCAUCAUCUCCCUGCCCAUAGUGACAGUAGUGUACGUCCUGACCAACCUGGCAUAUUUCACCACACUCUCCCCCGAACAGAUGCUCAACUCAAAGGCUGUGGCUGUGGAUUUUGGUAACUACCACCUGGGUCCGAUGGCAUGGAUCAUCCCAGUGUUUGUCGGUCUGUCCUGCUUUGGAUCAGUCAACGGCUCUCUGUUCACUUCAUCCAGGUUAUUCUUUGUGGGUUCCCGGGAGGGUCACCUGCCUAGCCUGCUGUCAAUGAUCCACCCCAGUCUGCUGACCCCACUGCCCUCCCUUAUCUUCACUUGCUUGAUGACCCUGCUGUACGCCUUCUCCAACGACAUCUUCUCCGUUAUUAACUUCUUCAGCUUCUUCAACUGGCUCUGCAUCGCCUUGGCAAUUGUUGGGAUGAUGUGGCUACGUUAUAAGAAGCCUGAGCUGGAUCGACCUAUCAGGGUUAAUAUUCUGCUGCCAAUCAGUUUUGUGCUCGCCUGUCUUUUCCUCAUCAUCGUCUCCUUCGUGAAGACUCCAGUGGAGUGUGCCAUUGGCUUCGGCAUCAUUGGCACCGGAGUGCCUGUCUACUUCUUCGGCGUGUGGUGGAAGACCAAACCCAAGUGGCUGCUGCACUGGAUCUUCUCCACCACAGCCUGGUGUCAGAAGGUGAUGGAGGUGGUGCCUCAGGAGUCCUGAGUGGCCCAGUCCUUUGCUUUAGUUAGCAGCCAAUCAGAUUGCAUCUGCACUGAUCUCUGGGCUCUGACAGCCCCCUUCACAAUUCCCCCCUCACUCCUUCACAGGGUGUUGAUAAGGACCUGAUGAAGACAGUCACGUGUGGUGUUCGGAGCUACUGUAUCUUUGUGGUCUUCCACUGUUUUUCUAUUGUUUCUUGUUAAUAUUUUUAGGUUCAGUAUGGACUCUUUUUAGUCAUUAACAAUGCUUUGUUGUUUGUUUACGGUACAUUUCAAUGAAUUGUUUUUUAAUGUUUUUUAUGAAUUUGUUUAUUAUUAAUAUCCCUCUUAAAACCUGCUGUAUUUGGCAAAUUGUACCUUGUGUGGCCAAUGAUGUUAGAACUGUUGGCUGAGACAGGAGUUGUUGUCAAUGAUGGCAUUCACAUGUGGAUAGCUGCUAAGCGCAGCUCUCUUCAGUCAGAAACCUUGGCACCUUUUUUGUAAAUUCUGCAAGGAUUUACAUUUGUUAAUAAGUAGAAGUUGAAGUUGCUAAGCAAGAUAUUGAUGAGUGUUUUCUUUGGGAACUUACUGGAAUCCUCACAGAUCUGUAGUGCUUUAGUUUGUCUGGUGUUGCGUGUUGCAUGUUGUUGGUCAUUGUUGCUGUUGACAGUGUGGCAGUUUAGCUUACAUCAGGCUCUAACUACUACAGUCACUAUAAUUAAAUGGUCAUGCUGUGUCUGUUGUUGAGCUUUAGGCCAUGGAGGUCAGGCUUUUGAAGCUUCCCCAUCACAUGUACAGCGAGGGGCUCACUGCAGCUGGAAUACUUUACACAUGAUGUUCAGUUUUCUUGACAUGAAUGAGCCUGUGAAAUUGGUUGUAAAAUGUUUCCUAUGGCCAUGGAGAAAAUCACCCUGCUGAUGCCGUAGUGAUCUUCUCAGCAGUAUCUCAGUCUGGGCUUGGGGAAGACAUAUUUCUAACAUAAAGCAUUAGAAGCUGGUGGUAUGCAGAUUUACCAUGCAGGGAGGGUCUAAAGAAAAGAUGCCACUGAGUUGCAUUAUGGGAAAUAUAGGAAUCGGUGAUUGCAGGGCUUGGCCCAUACCAGAGCAUAUGACCGGAGUGGAGUGGUGAGAAUGUCCGCACCUCGCUCACAGUGCUGUUCGCCCACUCCCCAACUGAAAGCCACACCAGGCUGGUCCGCUCAUUAUUGCUCAACACUCAGCUCAGAUCACAUCCCGCUCUACUCAAGUCACACUGCUCACUUCAAAAAAGGGGAACUAAUCUGCACGUACCUAACUUUUAGCUUAAUUCAUAGCUUUAUAUCCCAAAGAACUAAAGAAUGGCAACUACUUUAUUCCAAAUAGAAAUAGUUUAUUUCAAAUUACAGUUAGGCCUAUCUAACCAAAGUCAGGCUUGGGCAUGCUUCAGGCUCACGGUGCGAGUGGCACCAGAGCAAAGUUGGAGUAGAACAUCGGGCGAUGCUUCUUGCUCUUUAAAAAGCCGCCCUGCACUCCAUCUAACAUCUGCCUACUCGCGCUCCGCUCACAUGCUCUAGCCCAUACCGUGGGCUCAAAAUCUGUCUAUCUCAGCCUCUACUCCUGCAAUCUUGGUGGAAAAUGUACUGAACAGUGUUACUACAGUAAAUCACUGGAGUUCCCCUUUAAGCUUGCUUAACUUUUCCUCAUUGUAUGGAUGCAGUGAAAAUGUUUCAGCUGAAAUCUUGAAAGGAAGAAGAACUGAAGUCAUGUUUUUGUUCAAAGCCUACCUGCAUCACAUACUGUAUUUAUCUCUAAAGCCUUGCACACUGGCCAUGGUGGUAAACAAGGACACACUGUGUUCAGUCACCGGAUUUCAGGAUAUUGGAGUUUAAUUGCUGUUAAAGUCGCACUGCAUUUUUAAAAUCAUCAGUCUGACAGAGGUGCAGAUGCCAGUGUAGGAAAGUUGUAUAUGACUGUCACUGAGAAGUGGAUCGAGUCAAAAGUGAGCACUAUUUUUCUGCUGUUGAUUAUUUUUUGAGCUGGUGAUCUCACUCUCAGUUUGGGGAUCAAUAUCUCAGCAUACUGAGUGUGAUUCAAACUCCAUCACACCGAGUGUUUGAGAGACAGCAUUACAGAGUACACACUAUAAUAAAGCCAUGUAACUGCAACACACACAGCCUAAAUUUCGAGAGAUAAAAAAACCUGAUCAGCUUUUUUUUUUAUUAUUAUUGUAACAGAUGUUUGUGUCAUGUAUGUUUGUAUAUGAAUGAGUAUGUACUGUGUGUGUGCGUGUGCAUUGUGGGAGGGAAGUUUCUGCUUACGGGGUUUCCUGUGCUAUCUUGUCAGACACAGGCAGGAUAGCUUUAAACGAGUCUAUCUGGAUCAACAGGAAGUUGUGAAAUUGAGAAAUACUCUAGAGACAAGAAGAGAUUUAUUUUUGUUUUGUUUUAUCAUUGCCUUUUUUUUCCACAGGGCGUAGAUGAAGUACAGAAGCUGCACAUUUCUGAACCACAACAUGAACUGCUAGUUUUUAUUUUUCAUCGUCACGUUUUGUUUAUAAUUUGUUCCCACACACAAACAGUUACAGAAAAAGUUGUUUCUGUAUUAUUAAUGUCAACCGCCCCCCAGCAACAGACCAACGGAGCACAUGACCAUGGCAGAAAGAGUGGCUAUAGAGGGUGCAGGAGGAGUAAAUAUGUACGUUUUAGAGGUAGAGCCUUUCUAACACUCUAGCUAUCGUACAAAGCUGAUGGAGCACUAACCUUGAAUAAAACUGUAGAAAGUUUAUUUAUUUAUUUUUAGAAACUUUAUUAUUGUUAUUAGUUCCUCUGAUUUGUUUUAUAGGACAUUUUGUGGAAAGUGCUUUAUAAAUAAAUCAUGAGUUUUUUUUCCAA